UUUUUUCCCUUCCCUGUAGUUAUUAAAACAGAUCCAGCAAAGAAAAGUGAGAAAAUUUAUUAUCCCGUUUAUCUGGGUUGAAAACAGGUGUUUGUUGUUACUAAUUUAAGAGUGAAUAUUCUGUAACAUAGGAAAAAUCUUUUAUUGUCCUGGACAAGCUUGGUUUAUUGCCAUAUCUCGUUUAUCAUCUUACUCCAAACUUUUCCAAAGUCCACAGUAUCCUCUUUAUUGUAUGCACAUUGUCAUAAAAAAAAUAAAUCCAAACAAACCCAAACCUACUUACAAUCCUAUUUUCCUCAUUCCUGAAACCUCCUAACCUGGUUGACUCGUUGGAGUGCAUUUCAUGCAUUCUUAGCAGAUAGGCUGAAGGAAACGCCUCGUUCCGUGCAGCUGGAGGCUAGAAAGUGUGGGGAGUUCAUGAACGUGGCUUGUCUUCUGCCGCAGUCGCUACAGUGCACGCAGAGCUGGCCAGGCCCAGGAAGGAUCCCGACCUGCUGGACACAACAUGAGUGUCCGACAUCUGGAAAAUCUGACUGACAGUGAGUUAAGGUGAAGCAACUAAUUACUCUUAGAAGUCUUUUUGUUUUGGAGAUCUGUGCUGACAGUGAUUAAGGUACUUCAGACUUUACCUUAUCUAAAAAUUAUUAUUUUCAGCUCUAAUGUAGGAUAGUGGGGUUUGGGUUUUUUUUGUUGCUCUUCUUUUAGUUUUUUUUUUCACUUUGUCAUUGUUUUUUGAACAACAAAAAAACCUAAAUUGGACAAAGCAUUUUGAUAACUUCACCCCAAACUUCAUUCAGGGAUAGUGAUACCUCUGAAUAAUUUUUUAAGGUGUUUCAGUUCUUCCAGAGGGCACAUUCACACAGUACUAUGUCCUAAGCCCAGACUUUAAAAGUCAGGGUGAGAAAUGAAAGCUGGUGGGUAGAUAUGCCCAUUCUGUCCAAGUAUUUCAUUUUAGAAGUAUCUAACAGGGAAAUCAGUAAAGAAGAAGUGCAUGGAAAAAGCAGAAAAUAGAGAAUCUAUUCCUACUACUAAGUGUUCUUCUGGCCCCUACCAUUUUUGGGAGGAAGCUGGGCUCACCACUCACUAGGCAGUUGAAGCUGAAUAUUGUCUCUUUGACCUGUCUAGUUUUUUUGGUUUGUGUUUUUUGGGUAUUGUUUUCUUUGUCUGUUUUUGGUUGGGUUUUUUUUUUUUUUCCAGGGACUGUUGGUCAUUGAAAAUGGAAGAAACAAGGAAGCUUUCGCCCAAGCUGACUAAAAGCAAAGAGCCUGUGAAAACAGAAUGGGGAUCUCAGAGCGUGGUGUUCACUUAUUUCCAAGGGGACAUUAACAGCAUGGUAGAUGAACAUUUUUCUAGAGCUCUCAGCAAUGCCAAGAACCCCCAAGACCUGAGCACAAAGCACAAGGUAGACAGCAUGUCUCCCCAGCAGUGGAAUUUCUCGUCGCAUUGCUACAAACCAUAUCCAUCAUCUUCAACAAGCAUGGCAACUUCUGCUCUGAGUUUUUCCGCUGCUGGUGUGGUAGGCCAGUGCCAGCCAUCAUCUCUGCGGAGUCGUCCAGCUCAACCUGCAGAUUUAUGGCCCUUCCCUCCAACUGGGACUCCCAGUGUCACUGAACUCCCAGGUUCAGUGUAUCCUCACACCCUCCCUGACCUGCAUGCAGCUGAUGAGCUGAUCUCUGACAGGAAAUACAGUUCUCUUCUUGGCCUUCUGCAGCAGGAAAGGUGCUUAACGUCCAUGCAAGAAUGCACCAUGAAGCAACACUCAAGUUCUGCUUGUAUGACUGGACCUGCGAGGUUACAAAAUAUCAGUCAAAGUUCAGCUCCUGGGGGAGAGAGGAAAGCAAGCUCUUACCAAGGCUCAGAAAAUCCCAGUGUAAGCCAUGCCACUGCAGGUAUUCAGAUUCAUGACAGAAGAUGAGAUUUGUACUUCUAGCAACUGAAUGUUUCUACUUUGUUCUGAAAGAGAAAGUUAUUUCUGUGAACUUUUAUUAUUUGCAACUGUGAAUCAAGAAGAAAUUUACUGCA